UCAAAGCUGACUUGGCUAGAAAUGGAAUGUAGUUUCCUGACAGAUCUUCUUACAAAGAAGCUGUAAAUCCUUUGUAAUGGCCAACAAGAAAGAGCCUCCUUUUUUCAAUGAAGAUAAUAUGGGACCGUUUCACUACAAGCUUCCUUUUUAUGAAACCAUGGAGCUCUUCAUUGAAACGCUCACAGGAACAUGCUUUGAACUGCGCGUUUCCCCCUUUGAAACAGUUAUUUCUGUGAAAGCUAAAAUUCAAAGACUGGAAGGUAUUCCUGUCUCUCAGCAGCACUUAAUUUGGAAUAAUACGGAGCUGAAGGAUGACUAUUGUUUGAAUGAUUAUAACAUUUCGGAAGGCUGCACUCUGAAGUUAGUUCUGGCUAUGCGAGGUGGACCUAUUAACACUAGAAGAGUUCCUGUGGAAGACCCUAUCAGGGAAAUGGCUGAAUACAUGGAUCCCAGUAGAGAUGAGAUCUGGGAGAAAGGGCCAUCCAACAAACAAGUUACCUUCUUAGUAUAUCGAGAAGGAGAUCAGUUGAAUUUCUUCCGUGUGGUAGAUCGGGGAGAUGGCACUUUAACGCCGUUAUCUGAAUCUUUGAGUGGUGGUUCAGUUUAUAACUUAUAUGCUGAUGACGAAGAUGAGACAGAGGCAUCACCUUCUGGACAACAGAUUAUUGAGAAUUCAAUUACUAUGAAUAAAAUGAAACUACUCAAGGCAAAGAUGGAGAACAUGAAUCUGAGUAAAAAGCCUAAGAAAACUGUCAAGGUGAAACCUCGUCCUCCAAUGGCUCCUCGACCAUCUAGUGGCUCAGUGGCUGCUGCUCGUCACCGCUUUUUAAGAGUGCUCCCCCAUAUCGGACAGUCCUGCCUACCUCCUCCUGGAAAUUCGUAUCCCUCAGAGUCUUCCCAAAACGCACUUUCAGCAUUGGCUACUUUGGCCACUGCUGGUAGAACAAUGCCAUCCACAACUAAUGACUUUCUUAAGGAAGAUGACACUUGGCAGAGCAACUCUUGGUCUCAGUCAGUUAGUAGCAUCAGGUUACCACCGAAAAUAUCUCGUGUCGAACUAGAAAAUGCAAAACUACCUACAAAUAGUAUUCUGACUCCUGUUUCAUCCUUGCCUGCAAAUUCAGAAAAAGCAUCUGAAAAUGCGACCUCAACAAGUGAGGAGGAUGCUGUUUUGUUUCCGAAUCUAACAAAUGUAGAACUAUAUGGAACAGAAGAAAAACUUCUACCUGAAACAGAUGCUUUUGCUUUGUUAACAGAAGCAAGCACCACUGAACAGUGUAGUGAGAUAUAUGACAUAGGAAAGGUGAACCCAGAACUUGAACUGUCGUCUGGAGAUGAAGAAUCUAAGGUUGUAGAGCAGCAUAGAAAACCUAUUAGCAAAGUGCUGAGCACUGCAGAAAUGGGGGCUGGUCUUCUCAGUACUCGUGAAUUAAGUCCACAGAAAAAUCUGCUUUUGUCACCUCUUCGGUAUUCAGCGCAAGUGGCACGUCACAGUUCUCUGAAACCACAAACACAACCCAAAUGCUUUGAGGCCGGUAACUUGAGAUCUACAGCCUCCCCAAACGUGCUUCGGUCAUUGGAAGUCCGUAGUAUAGCAGACUCCUCUUUUUCCAGGACUACUAGAUUUCGUAAUGUGAAAGUAGAGUCACUUGGCAAAAGACCUGAUGUAAUUUCUAAAGCAGAGGCUGGGGACGUCACAGAUGUGGCUAAUAAGGCAUCCAAAGAACCUGUGAGUUCUCUAAGUAACUUAGGAUUUCUGGCUUCGCUGGCCCGAAGCGCAAACAGGGAAAGUUUACAGAGUUCCUGUGGGACAGGCAGGUUUUGGACUUCUAGUAUUGCACUACCUACAAACCUUCAGCAUUUUCAGGAAGAAAGCUUUAGGAAAACUGCUCCUCCAAAUGAAGCUGCUGAAUAUAUUCUAUCUGCCCAUGGGCUUGGAAUGAAUGGAAGUAUUGCAGCUGUAGGGAAAAGAGUAGCAGGUGAAGCAACCCAUCUUCCACCUGUGAAUGGCUCAAUUCAAGCAAAAAAGAAAAUUACAAAGCAUUGCUUUCUUUGUGGCAAGAAAACUGGAUUGGCAACCAGCUAUGAGUGCAGAUGUGGAAACAACUUCUGUGCAACGCACCGCUAUGCAGAGACUCACACCUGCACCUACGACUAUAAGAGUGCAGGGCGAAGGUAUUUGCAGGAGACCAAUCCCGUCGUUAGUGCACCAAAGCUACCCAAAAUGUAACAUGGUUGUGCUGCAUGUGGCCGUUCUGCCAUUGAAGAAUUGUAUUACAUUGAGAGAAGCACUUGCUUAAACUGCAUAAUUUUGCCAUGCUCCAUAUUUAAAGAUUUGCCAAGUAACAAAAGCACAUGAGGAUGCAUUCUAUCGAAGAAUAAUGUGAACACUACUGCAGUUAAAACUUUUCUUCUUUAGUGAAUGAAAAGUUAAAGAUUAGUUUUUAAAAACUUACACUAUGAUUUAACUGUUACUGCACGUCUUGUGUUGUGUUUUAUAUUUGGAAAAGCUAUUUCACUAGACAAGUCUUUAAAAGAUGCACUUUACUAACUUUAUUUACUGUAUAACCAGACUUGAGGGGGUGUUGUAAUGAGGGUGUCAUGUAAUGUCUUCUGUACUCUUGCGUUUUUUGUCCAUUGCGUGGUAUUUUCUAAGUUAUUUCACUGGAAAGAUCCUCUUCCCUCCCCUUUCUUCAAACAUCCUAUUUUUAGUUUUUUUUUUUUUUGGGGGGGGGGGGGGUUAGUGUGUUCCGCCCCUCUGUUCCAUUCAGAUUGGUAUUCAUACACUGUGUAUCCAUUCUGAAAAUUACAUAUCAUGUUAAUCACAUUUUCUUAAAAUAAUACUGUUUAUAUGACAAGUUUGUUUUUAAAUAGAAAAUUCCCCCUUUGUUGCCAUUAAAUAUAAGGAACAACUUAUUUUAACUUUUUUUGUAAUCCUAGAUUUUUUUAAGACUUCACAACUUGGUUUGUUAAGAUGUUGAAUGCUGUUAUUGGAAGAAAUUCUAAUAAA